AUGCAGGAAGAUGGAAUUGCUGAGCCUGGGCUUCUUCUCCCACGAUACCCAGGCGAUGACACCCGGCCAACAAACAAGAAAGAGCUGCUGGGGUGGUAUAGUUAUGGUUGGGCAGCAGAGGUUUUCACAGUAUGUGCUAUGGGGUCAUUUUUACCUAUCACUUUAGAGCAGAUGGCCCGAGAACGUGGGGUUCUACUCUCGGACAAAACGACACCGUGUACUGCGAUCUGGAAAACUCCAGAGUCAUCAAACACAAGCUGGCAAAAUUCAAGUCCCGCCGCUGCAGGUCAAUGUAUUGUUUACAUCCUUGGGGCCGAAAUCAACACCGCAAGCUUCGCAAUGUACACCUUCUCCGUGAGUGUCCUCAUACAAGCAAUCCUGAUAAUAUCAAUGUCAGGCGCUGCAGAUCAUGGAAGCUACCGCAAGACGCUCUUAGUAUCAUUUGCGGCUAUUGGCUCCAUUUGUACGAUGUUAAUCCUUGCGGUUACUCCGAAAGUAUACCUACUUGGUGGGUUAUUCGCUAUUGUUGCUAACACCUGCCUCGGGGCAUCGUUCGUGUUAUUGAACUCUUUCCUACCUUUAUUGGUCCGAUAUCAUCCUUCGUUACUUAAGGAAGAGAGUGGAUACAUGGUCCGUUCUCCUACUGAAAACAGUGGUCAACCAAUUGCCACGGACUGUUUUUCGAACGAUGACCCCAGAGCAGCACUUCUACAGGGAGAUGGAAUGACUCCAGAAGAUACAAGGGAGUUUAUAUCGUCAUCAAACACGUCAAAAGAGCUGACAAUAUCCACUCGGAUUUCGUCAUAUGGGAUUGGCAUUGGCUACAUCGGUGCUGUUUUCCUACAAGGUAUAUGCAUCCUUGUCAUUGUCCAGACCCGCCAGACUACCUUUUCGCUACGCCUCGUUCUUUUCUUGAUAGGUUUAUGGUGGUUUAUCUUCACUAUACCUGCGGCAUUUUGGCUCAGGCCGCGCCCUGGGCCCCCGUUGCUGCGUGCUCAAGACGGGAAGGCCUAUCAGUCAUGGCUCGGCUACAUGGCGUACGCUUGGAAGUCGCUCGGCCGAACGGCGAUGCGGACGCGACAUUUGAAGGAUAUUCUGUUAUUCCUUGCAUCCUGGUUCCUGUUGAGCGAUGGAAUCGCCACCGUCAGUGGUACAGCCGUUCUCUUCGCUAAAACCCAGUUGAAUAUGGAGCCCGCAGCGUUGGGGAUGAUCAAUGUGAUUACAAUGAUCUCAGGAGUUUUUGGUGCCUUUUCUUGGAGCUACGUUUCACGAGUGCUGAACCUUCGCGCUUCGCAGACCAUCAUCGCUUGCAUUUUCCUUUUUGAGCUUGUGCCGCUUUAUGGUCUGUUGGGCUUUAUUCCAGCCAUCAAAAACCUCGGCUUCUUGGGUCUUCAACAGCCGUGGGAAAUGUUCCCAUUAGGGGUUAUAUAUGGGCUUGUCAUGGGAGGGCUUUCGUCGUAUUGUCGAAGUUUCUUCGGGCAGCUGAUCCCUCCUGGAUAUGAAGCGUCUUUCUAUUCUCUUUACGCUAUAACGGACAAAGGCUCGAGUGUAUUUGGACCGGCAAUUGUUGGAUUUAUCACAGAUCAUUAUGGGGAGAUUCGUCCUGCGUUCUUCUUUCUCGCGAUACUUAUUCUUCUACCUUUGCCGUUAAUGCUCCUCGUGGACGCCGAUCGAGGAAAGCGAGAUGCGCUGGCAUUGGCAGAAGUGCUGGAGGCACGUUCGAGCCUUGAACAGCGUGAUUACGGAACGUUUUCGCAACAACAGUAA